GUGCCGUUCGGUAAAAACCAGCACUGCAACGGAGCAUCCACCUCGGCGCAUGAACAUGGCUAAUUGGGACAACGGCUUUGGGUUCUUCUUGCAGCUGCCAGCUGGACUUUAUUUCAGCGUUCCCUGCCCGUCUGUCUGCUACUUUUUCCUCUUUCCUGAACCUCUUCUGAACUAGAGAGAGCGAUUUUUUGGGGGUGACUUUGUCUUAGUCGGGGUUUUCUUACAACACCACAGCUCCUCCCACUUUCUAGAGGGUCCCCUUUCCUGCCUGUCCUUCGGUUCUUCACAAGCUUGGCCAUUGACGUAACGUCGAACAGAAGAGAAACCCACAUACAAGCUUUCCCAACCCGCUUCCUCUCUUUCUCUGUCACCUCUCGCCCUCCGAUCUUCGGGAUAAAGCUUUACCACCGACACCGAGCUCGAAAACAGGACCCUACCAAGGAGCUUGUCUCGCACAAACCCUUGGUCGUCGUGAGACUUUUUUCGGUUUCUUUUACCGUCCUCUUUACUUUUUCCUUGGACGGAAAGAAACCACCAACAGAUCGGGUUUCUCGAGACAACCAAAAAGCCCACCCAAAAAAAAAGACGGCCAACACCUCGCCCAUCAUGUCCACAGAAACAGCCGACCAGGCGCCCGCCGUCUCCGACCUCCCCUCCGGCGACCCCAUCCCCGCCGCGCCCGCGCCGCCGACCGCCGCAUCACCAGCCUCGGUAACUCCAAAAGGCACGACGAAGAAGCCCACCCUCGCCCAGAUCCUCGCCGCGACGCCCUCCAACGUCGACGCCUUCGUCGCCCACCUGAACCGCUGCUUCGCCACCCCGUCCGGCAUCGACGCCGUCCUCUGCUGCCUCUGCUACACCUCCCGCUUCUCCGCCUCCGUCAUCGACUCCCUCAGCGUCUCCGCCCUCCGCCACUCGGCCCGCAAGCUCGUCGCCCUCGCCUUCUCCCUCCCGCCCGACACGACUAUCCUCUUGAGCAAAGCGCCGCCCGCGGCCGCGGCCGCGAGCCGCGGCAUGCGCGUCGCGGGACACCUGCGGGCGCUGGCGUCGCUUCUGAGCGAGGCGCGCACGAUUACGAGGUUGUGGUCGCUGCUGCCCCUGUACCUCUGGCUCCGCCGCCUCAUGACGACGCCGGCCAUCACGGAGGAGGAGAAGGAAAAGGGCACAAAGGACGCGUCGGAGGCGGCGCUGGAUCGGGCCCUCUCGUGGCUGCAGGUCGUGGCGUGUCUGAUCCUGCAGUCGCUCGAGAGCUCGUCGUACCUCGCGUCCAAGGGGGUGCUGCCGAUGACGCCCAAGCAGCAGGGGACGGCGGCGCGGUGGAGCGUGCGGUUCUGGAGCGUGUUCGUGGGCAGCGAGCUCGGCCGGCUGGCGAUUGAGAAGCUGCGGCGACGGGCGGCGAUCCGGCGCGGGGAGCUGGAGGUCGGGAGCGAGGAGUACAGGGAGUGGGCGGACGUCUGGGGCAGGACGCUGGCGAGGCAGGCUUCGUGGUUCCCGCUGACGGUGCACUGGAGUAUGGAUAAGGGGUUUGUGCCGGAGAUGGGGAUCGGUUUGUUGGGGAGUAUCCCUGGUGUUGUGCAGAUGCGGCAGUUGUGGAAGGAGACUGCUUGAGAGGACGAGGCAGUAUGGGGUGGACGUGGAGAACUCGAAGAAGAUAGGGGAUGAGGAAGAGGUGCAUUUGAGACGGAUAGACGCACCAUGCCGACACUAUCGAGGCAGCUUUCUGGCGAAAGCUUUGUGGUAUCAGACUCUGUUGUGACGCGGGCGAUCUGCUCGCUGGUGUUGGGUACGGAUUUUCCAUUUCAUGUUUAUGAUAUAAUAGAUGUCAAUAUAUUUCUCAAAAUAUCAGAAUCCCAA